AAAAUUCUUCUUCGUCUACUUCUGUCUCAUCUCUUUCCGCCAUUAGGGUUUUAGCGGCAGCCGAACAGAGUAACAGAGGCAUGGCUACUCCAACCGCAACUGAGUCCGUGCAGUGCUUCGGCAGGAAGAAGACCGCAGUAGCGGUCACCCACUGCAAGCGCGGCCGCGGUCUGAUCAAAAUCAAUGGUAAGCCGAUCGAGCUAGUGGAGCCGGAGAUCCUCCGAUACAAGGCGUUUGAGCCGAUCCUCCUCCUCGGCCGCCACCGCUUCGCCGGAGUGGACAUGCGCAUCCGCGUCAAAGGCGGCGGUCACACCUCGCAGAUCUACGCAAUCCGGCAGUCCAUUGCCAAGGCGCUCGUGGCGUUCUACCAGAAGUACGUGGAUGAGCAGUCGAAGAAGGAGAUCAAGGACAUCCUUGGCCGAUACGACAGGACGCUGCUCGUCGCCGAUCCCAGGCGCUGCGAGCCUAAGAAGUUUGGUGGCCGUGGUGCCCGCGCCAGGUUCCAGAAAUCGUACCGUUAAAAUGCUGCUUCUGAUUGUUGCCUUUUUUUUUGAAUACUUUCUACAGAAUUUUGAGACCUGUUAGUGAAUAUUGCUUGAAUUUUCGCUAUAAAUUGGAGAAUUAUUGCAUUUCAAAUUUUCAACAUAUGUUUUGUUUUGCUA